UUUGGGAAUUGGGAACACAGCGAGAAGGGUUGCCAUGCCAGUUUGGCGUAUCUUUGAUAUUCUCUCUCCUCGAUCAGUCUAACCCUAAUAACCCUAUUUAAAUACCCCCAAACUCCCACCCACUUAUUUCUCCCAUGCAAUUGUCUUCUUCACACUCCUUCAAUUCUCCCCACUUAGUUUUAUAAUUCCUACUUAUAUAUAUGAUACCUUACCUUACCUCACUAAACUCUUCUCUUCAUCUUCAUCUCCUUAUUAUUUUUCCACCACCACCACUUAUCUCUUCAUCCCUCCCAUACCUUGUCUCCUAGGCAUUGUCCCUCCAAACUUUUCGACUCGUGUUUAUUUUCCUCGCUUUAUAUAAUAGAGAUAUAUAUAUAUACACACUUUGUAUGCGCCUCGCUCUCUUUAGUAACACACCACAUUAUAUUUCUGACAUAUCAGUAUAGUUCAAGCUUAGAAUCCAAGUGAUCAUCAUAGUGAAUAUAUUCUAUAAAUAGAAAUUUAUAUUUAUAUUUAUAUUUAUAACAUUAUGUCUAGCAGAAGGUCACGGUCUAGGCAAACUGGAGGUUCCAGAAUAACAGAUGAUCAAAUUCAAGAUCUUGUCUCUAAGUUGCAGCAACUUCUCCCUGAGCUCCAUAACACUCGACGCCCCGAUAAGGUAUCGGCAUCAAGAGUAUUGCAAGAGACUUGCAAUUACAUCAAAACAUUGCAUAGAGAAGUAGAUGGAUUGAGUGAGAGAUUGUCUCAACUGUUAGAAACAACAGAUACUACUCAAGCAGCACUAAUUAGAAGUUUAUUAAUGCAAUAGUUAAUUAAGGUUACUACUUAGUGAUUUGUGUGUAUUUUCUCUCUACUUUUUUUUUUUUCCUUUUCUUUUUUCUUUUUUCUUCUUGUUUUAAUUUUUGGGUAGUCAAGUC